AUGGCCCGCUACCCAGUCGACACACCCGAUCGCGCAGAGGUCAUCGCUGCCGACAUGCAAACAAAGCACGCGUCCACGACCAUCAACGUCCUCGUCAGCAGCAUCGAGAGCGAGGCGGGCAUCAGCGCUCUCGUGGAUCUUCUCGACCCCAUGCGCUCCCAUGAGCAGGAGAAGUCCACGCCGCUCCACCUGCGCUGCCCAGAUUGCCGCGCCAAGCACAACCUCUCAUAUGCCGAGGAGUCAACUCGGCUGGCUCAGGGCAAGCAGGUGCCGUAUGACGGCGCGAUGGAUCGGACUCGCAAGUACGUCCAGCUGUCCCGAGACAUCAUCUUUGAGGGCGAGAUGCUGUGGCGCCUCGACACGCAGAUGCUCCACUCGCACACCGGCUUUGAGCCGUACGCCAAGGAGUGGACGACCUUUGCCGACGAGCCGCCGCAGCUGGUCGAGCCUUUGCGGAUAGCGCUGUCCCUCUCAUCUAAUUCGGCGUAG